AUGCCCAGUUGUAGCCCGGCCAGUCGACAAAGCUGUGGGGAAGAAGCCAAGGCAGCUGAGGCGCAGGCGCGGUCAAUUUCGGGGGAGGCGGGGUCGGCUGCGGCCUCCUUCCCCGCCUUCCUCUCGGAGGCGAAUGGGAGGCCUGGGCGGGGAAGAGCCCGCUGGGUCCCCUGGGCUAGGCUCGGCCGCCGCCUUCUCCUCGGCGGCCCGCCCUGCGCCCCUCGCCAGUGCCGCUCCGCCAUGGCCUUCGCCGCCGCCUCCUCCGCCGCGGCCGUUAAGAAGCUGGCGGUGAAGCACGUGACCGUGAUCGGGGGCGGCCUGAUGGGCGCCGGGAUUGCCCAGAUUGCUGCAGCAACUGGCCACAGUGUGAUAUUGGUGGACCAAACCGAUGAAAUAUUAAGUAAAUCCAAGAAAGGAAUUGAGCAGAGUCUGAAAAAGUUGGCAAAGAAGAAGUUUGCAGACAAACCUGAGGAAGGUGCUCAAUUCGUUGAGAAGGUCUUAAAGAACGUGACAACAAGCACAGAUCCAGUUGCUGUAGUACACAGCACCGACCUUGUUGUGGAGGCCAUUGUGGAAAACAUAGCGGUGAAAAAUGAGCUUUUCAAGACGCUGGAUAAGUUUGCACCAGAACACACAAUAUUUACUAGUAACACUUCAUCCUUGCCAAUUACAGCCAUGGCCAAUGCUACUACUAGGCAAGACCGAUUUGGGGGCCUACACUUCUUCAAUCCUGUGCCUUUGAUGAAACUUGUUGAGGUUGUCAAGACGCCAAUGACCAGCCAGAAGACUUUUGAAUCGCUCAUGGAUUUUACCAAAGCACUGGGGAAAAGCCCUGUUUCUUGCAAGGACACUCCUGGCUUUAUUGUUAAUAGACUCCUUGUGCCAUACCUAAUGGAAGCUGUUCGGCUUUUUGAGAGGGGAGAUGCAUCCAAGGAAGAUAUUGAUGUUGCCAUGAAGCUGGGGGCAGGCUAUCCCAUGGGCCCAUUUGAACUUUUGGACUAUGUCGGCUUGGAUACCAGUAAAUAUAUCAUAGAUGGGUGGCAUUUGUUAGAGCCUGACAAUCCUCUCUUUGCUCCAAGUCCGCUGCUGGAUAAACUAGUAGAAGAGAAGAAAUUGGGAAAGAAAGCUGGAGAAGGAUUUUACAAAUACCAAUGAAC